AUGCCCUGCCCGCUAGAAGAUCUGUCCAUCGCCGCCAGCCGUCUGCGUCUCUCCGACGCCGAAGCGGCCAUCGCUCGCGAUCUCUGCAAAACCCAGCGAAACGCCGAUCGCCCGCCUCCCCAAGACCCCAACAAAUACAAAAGGCUCUCGAUUGUCGUGUUGAGAUUCAUCGCUCGCUGUUCAACCGUAUUCAAAUUGCUCGGUUUGCAGGCGACCAUGUUCGAGCGUGUCCUCAGCGUGUUCAUUUUUGUGCUCUAUCUGUUCGACACCGUUUUCGCGCCAAGCGAAUCGCACAAUAAGGGAAAAGGUGAGACACUUCAAAUAGACUGUCUGAUGAACAAGAAGAAGAUUCAAGAAAUCAAAGAUCGUGGAGUGAGAAUCGAACGAUUCGCUGUGCCAUCGUAA